AUGGCUACCUCAACCGUCCCCAAGACCUGCAAGGUCAUCACUGCUGAGACUAUCGCCAAGGGUUACCUUGGUGAGGUCAAGGACACACUGGCCAAGAUCCAAGGCGAGAACCCUUGCACGCCCACACUGGCUGCUUUCCUCGCCAACGGUGAUCCCGCUGCUGUCAAGUACGCUGAGUGGUCCAAGAAGACUUGUGAAGAGAACGGAUUCAACUUUGACCUCCGAACUGUGGACAAGGAGCUCCUCGAGGAGGAGAUAAUGAAGGCCAAUGAAGAUGACAACGUCGACGGCAUGAUUGUCUACUACCCUAUCUUCCCCAACAACCCCUCUCACGACAAGUACAUCCAGGAGUCUGUUGACCUUGGAAAGGACGUUGAGGGUCUUCGACACAAGCACAUCCAUAACAUGUACCACAACAUUCGCUUCAUUGACCCUCCUGAGAACCGCAAGAAGUCCAUCCUUCCUUGCACUCCCCUCGCUGUUGUCAAGAUCCUCGAGUACCUGCAGAUUUACAACCCCAUCCUGGCUUCCGGAAACCGACUUUUCGGAAAGACUAUCACUGUCAUUAACAGAUCCGAGGUCAAUGGCCGACCUCUUGCGGCCCUCCUCGCCAACGAUGGCGCCACCGUUUACUCAGUCGACGUCACUGGUGUCCAGAUCUUCACCCGAGGAGAGGGUAUCAAGAAGGCCCGCCACCAGGUCGAGGAUAAGGAGGGCUGGAAGCUCGAGGACUGCCUUCCUCUCAGUGACGUUGUCAUUGGAGGAGUUCCCGUCGAGUCUUUCAAGGUACCCACCGAGCUCAUCCGUGACGGUGCUGUCUGCAUCAACUUCUCCUCGUACAGGAACUUUGAUGGUCCCGCCAUAAAGGAGAAGGCCUCCAUCUACGUGCCAUCCGUCGGCAAGGUUACCAUUGCUAUCCUCUUGAGAAACUUGGUUCGCCUCAUUGCCAACCGACCCUCCAAGGAUGAGUCGCAGAAGAGCGUCGAAGCCCGAGCUGAGGCUUUCGCUGACGACUAA